CACUGAUCCUGGCACACAAAACACUUAGCCGGUUAUUUACACGGGACUUUGCAAUAUACACAUCUCAGGUGGAAUAAACAAAGUUGGCAGCCAUGGAAACAGCACAGACACACGCACGAUCGCAUAGUUGAAAAUCAAGACGCUCCCCUGCUGCUUCUUCUUCUCUGCACCAAACAAAGCGCUGCCACCUCGCGAAGAACGUACACUGUCCAACACGGGCCAGCCGACUGGGUGCAGUGUUGCGAACUGCGGUCAGUCGACCAAGCGAAAAUAACAAACAAAUCGGUUUUUUAGCGAGCGCAAGGCAAAUCACGAGUAGAAAACACAAUAAAAGCUCGCUACAAAGGACAGUUAAUCAGCAAAACACUUACAGUAUUAACGUGAAGGUGGAGCAGCGAGAGCAGCGUGCACCACGGCCUGCUAAAUUAAUUAUUACACAACAAAUAAAUCAAAAAACUGCCAGCGACAGUUUCCAAUCGACAGCGUGCGGCCGAAAAUAGCUUGUAAACAAAGCGAUCGCUAGGAAUAGGAAAAGGAAAAAGAAGCUCUCUCAACGCCAUUGACCCACAAAUUAGUCGUGGUCAUUGCCAAGCGAGAAAACAUUGCAGCCGCUUCCCACCGCCACAUCCCAACAAGGCGCACGUGCAUCCACAUCCACAAUGGCCAGCCGACAGAUGACCAAUGACCACCUGCGCCUUUCCUGGCACGACACCCAGAUGAUGGCCACCCUCAGCCCGCAGACCGUCAUGGACUACUUCUGCCGCAAGUCGAAUCCCUUCUAUGAUCACAUGUGCAACAACGAGACUGUUCGGAUGCAGCGCCUUGGUCCCGAGCAUCUGCACAACAUGAUCGGUCUGGAAUACAUACUGCUGCACGUGGCGGAGCCCAUCCUGUAUGUAAUCCGCAAGCAGCACCGUCAUAAUCCCUCGGAAGCCACGCCGAUUGCCGAUUACUACAUCAUUGGUGGCACCGUCUACAAGGCGCCAGAUCUUGCCAACGUCAUCAAUUCCCGCAUUCUCAACACCGUGGUGAACCUGCAAUCCGCCUUCGAGGAGGCUAGUAGCUAUGCCCGCUACCAUCCCAACAAGGGCUACACGUGGGACUUCUCUUCCAAUAAAGUUUUUUCAGAUAGAUCCAAGUCAGAUAAGAAGGACGCCAACUCAGCGAAGGAUGAGAACAGCGGCACACUGUUCCAGAAGCAGCGUGUGGACAUGCUGCUGGCAGAGCUUUUGCGUAAAUUUCCCCCACCAAUACCGCCCAUGCUGCAGAAUCUCCAGCAGCCGCCACCAGCGGGCGAUGAUCUGAACACAGCGAGAAAUGCCUCCGAAAUGAACAAUGCCACAGGACCGCUAGAUAUCAAAACCGAGGGUGUGGACAUGAAGCCACCGCCCGAAAAGAAGAGCAAGUGAUUAUGUGAAUGCAGGUGCACCCUCAAAAAACGUACAUACAUAUUAGUCCGAGUCCUUUGGCAGCUGCAUAAAAGGCGCUGAAUGCUGCCUGCAUUUCCACUGGCCAAACCAACGCUCAGCGAAAAGCAGCGAAAUCUACUUUUGCUAGUACUGCCAACUAUUUUUUUUUAAAGUGGCUCUAACUAGUGACCAUUUAAAUAUUCAAAUUUUAAAACGCAAUUUUUGUUCCGUGAGAAAACAAUUAAGAACAACAAUCAAUAACCUUAACAAAAAAAAAAAGAAAACACAAAAUUCAAAACUAAAAUAGUUUUUAGUAACCUAGAAUAUAAUGUAAUUACUGUCAUUUAGACUACGAUAGUUAUUUUUGUGUGAAUGUCAUACGAAAACCUAAAAAAUUCACAAAGCAGUCC